CGAUGACUGAACUCUCCUCAUCUAUUCUCCAACCUUGCUUCUUUGGGGCUCCCUCCUCCUGGACUGUGGCCAAGAUGAGCCAAGAGCAAUAUCUUGUCCUCCGUGAUGUUCCAACUCAGUCCAGGAACUGAAGCGGAAAGGGGCAGAAAGCGAGCGAGGGUGGUGUCAGGGCGACAGUCGUGCCCACUGUCAGCUGGGCGCAGCCACUUUAGUGCGAGGAGAAGCAGCGAGUCCAGGAGGCCCUCCGAAGUCUCCGCGAUGUCUGCCCAGGGGUGCAAACCUUCGCGGCUGCUGCUGCCCGCGCUCCUGCUGCUGCUGCUGUGGCUGCCGCGGCUGGCUGUGGACGCCGCGGGCGCUGCCGGCGCGCGGUGGAACGGAGAGGGGACCAGCCCGAACCUGCAGAGCAUCUUCCUCGGCCGCUGCAACGACUACAGGCCGCUGCUGAGCCCCGAAGAGCAGAACAAGAACUGCACAGCCAUCUGGGAAGCCUUUAAACUGGUGCUGGAUAUGGAUCCCUGCUCCGUGCUUCCCUCGGACUAUGACCUUUUUAUCAGCCUCUCCAGGCACUCUCUUCCCAGAGACAAGUCUCUGUUCUGGGAAAAUAACCACCUCCUUGUCACCAGCUAUGCAGACAACACCCGUCGCUUUACACCUCUGUGUGAUGUCCUGUACGGCAGGGUUGGAGAUUUCUUGAGCUGGUGUCGACAGGAAAAUGCCUCCGGACUCGAUUACCAAUCCUGCCCUACAGCAGAAGAUUGUGAAAACAAUCCUGUGGAUUCUUACUGGAAAAGGGCAUCCAUCCAGUAUUCAAAGGAUAGUUCUGGGGUGAUCCAUGUCAUGCUGAAUGGUUCAGAGCCAACAGGAGCCUAUCCUAUUAAAGGUUUCUUUGCAGAUUUUGAAAUCCCUUACUUCCAGAAGGAUAAGAUCACACGAAUUGAGAUCUGGGUUAUGCAUGAAAUCGGGGGACCCAAUGCGGAAUCUUGUGGAGAAGGCAGUGUGAAAGUCCUGGAAGAGAGACUGGAGGAGAUGGGUUUUCAGUACAGCUGUAUAAAUGAUUACGUACCAGUGAAGCUCUUAAAGUGCGUGGACCACAGCACUCAUCCUGACUGUGCCUUAAAUUCGGCAGCAGCAUCUACUCGAAGAGAAGUCCCAGCCCUUUAUGCAGAACAAAGUGCCGGCCUUAUCGUUCUUCUCUUAGUGGCUUUGGCUUCAGUUGCUGGAGAGUAACUAGAGACUCAGCUCUGCUGCCCUAGCGAGCCCCAGCGCUGACACCUGCCCUCACACACUCAUCCCUCUUGUUCUGUGUGCACCAAGCAAUUCCAUUGUCUAAAGAAGCUUCCCACUGGGAAGACAAUGUCCUGAAAUGGGUUUUUAAUGAUACACAUGCUCAGGAUUUCAGAAAUAAGACAUUAGUUCUAUUUCAUAGGUUAAAACUGCUGCAUUAGAAUUAAAGCACAUUAUUAUUUUCUUAUUUUCAUAAUGGUACAAAGCAUUGAAACCCAGAUUGUUUGUUAUACAAUCAAACAUUUUUAGAAAAUUCUAAUAGAACCGUAUUUUAUAUAUUUUCUAAGUUUUUCUAUAUACCCAGCAGGGCACGCUGCAUGCUUGUUGAUAGCUUAUGAUAUAUGUACACUAUAUAAAUGUAUGCCUAUAUAUUUGGUAGGCAAAGAUUGAUGUAUAAAGAUGUUCAUGGGGCCAGCCUGGUGGUGCAGUGGUUAAGUUUGCACAUUCUGCUUCGGUGGCCCGGGGUUUGCUGGUUCGGAUCCUGGGUGCGGACAUGGCACUGCUUGGCAAAAGC